ACUUGUCCUCAUACAAGGAAAGUGUGGUUUGCAUAUUCAGUCGCUGUGAAAGUACAGGCGUGGUACUCCAACUCCUGCCAGUUCAACAUGGCGGUUGUCAGGUUACUCCGGGUGGUGGUGCUGGCUGGGUGGAUGCAACUGUUAUUGGGUUCCUGCCCACCAGGCCAGUUUGGAGACUCCUGCAGCUACUCCUGCAACUGUGGGACAUCAUGUAACGAGACAACAGGUGCUUGUUCUGGUGAUUGUGACACUGGAUGGAGGAAGGCAGGGGGCCUCUGCCAGAAACAAAACAUUGCACUGAACAAGGCAGCAUCAACAACAUCUGGUCAAUAUAGCAACUGGUCCCCAUCAAAGGCUGUUGACGGAGACAGAGACAUAAAUGGUGAGGGAAGAACCUGUUUCCACGCUGGUAGAUCUCAGUCAGACUGGACAGUGGAUCUUGGCCGGGACUACCAGCUGUAUGACAUCAGAAUCUACAGCAGACGUAACUACUACUGGAGAAACGCGAACUCUAACAUCUACCUGAACAACAACUCGUCAGCUAUCUGCUCCACCCUCCCGAGUCCGUCCUCCACCCCCAACCCAACUGACGUAACCUGUAACGGUACCGGCAGAUACCUCACCAUCAGGAACCCGGGGACAGGACCUGCACACAGUGAUGCACUCACCAUUUGUGAGGUGGAGAUCUAUGUCUGCAGUCCAGGAAUCUAUGGGGUGAACUGUAAUACGUCAUGUCACUGCCUGGAUUCCACUUGUGAUCGCUUGACUGGAUUCUGUCCUGGUGGCUGUAGACCUGGGUGGCAGGGACAGAGAUGUGAUACAGCUUGCAACAAUACCAGUUAUGGUACAAACUGCAAUAAAUCAUGUGCUGAGCGGAAGUGUGCAGCUACAAAUUCGUCAUGUGACCAUCACACUGGAGCAUGUGACACAGGGUGUCUUCCUGGUUGGAUAGAUGAGGUCUGCACACAAGAAUGUGUCAAAGGAACAUAUGGAACAAACUGCAUUAGCUUUUGCCCUGACAGACAUUGUGCAGGAAACUCAUCAUGUAAUCACGUGACAGGGUCAUGCGAUUUGGGGUGUGAUUCUGGAUGGAUGGGUGCUGACUGUAAAGAUGAAUGUGAUUCCCAACAUUAUGGAUCAAAUUGUCUCGGCGUAUGUUUCUCCAGACACUGUGUAGGGAACUCUUUGUGUAACUCAACAGGGGUCUGUGACAGUGGAUGUGAGACUGGGUGGACACUGGCUGACUGUACAGAAUGUGAUUCCCAACAUUAUGGAUCAAAUUGUCUCGGCGUAUGUUUCUCCAGACACUGUGUAGGGAACUCUUUGUGUAACUCAACAGGGGUCUGUGACAGUGGAUGUGAGACUGGGUGGACACUGGCUGACUGUACAGAAUGCAAACCUGGAACCUUUGGGCCUGACUGUUCUCGUUGUGGACACUGUGACGUCACGUGUAAUGAUGGAGAUGGACGCUGUCCAGGAGAAUGUCUGGAUGGCUUUAUCGGUGACCGAUGUGAUAUAGAUGUCAGAGUGUCUCCUGUUACAAGUGGUGUCAUUGGCGGAGCCUUAGUCAUGGCUGUAAUGCUGUGUCUGAAUACUGGGUUGAUGAUCUUUCUGUGGAAAUCUGGAAGACUGAAACGGACACCCCUAACUGGCACACCACCCACAGAGGUGAGAGAGACAAACACAGGCGACACUGGAGAGAUUCCUGCUCCUGCGCUCUCUCCUGGCAUGAAUGGGGACGACUAUACUGAGUUGAAUGAGGUCACCAGGGAGAGAGAGCAGUCACUUUAUGAUGUCAUUCAGAACAAUGUAUAUGAAAAUAAUUAAAUCUGAGUAAAGUCUUCUAUGUGUGCUGUGACGUACGCAUCAUGUUCACAAAGCAUCAUGUUCUGUCUAGAAGUACACAUCAAGGUAUAUAUAUUAGGUGAUAACAUGGAAUAUUGUGAUCCCGUCUCAUAUAUGAUCUAACUACCUUGGUUUUAGUUUUACCCCCCUUUUUGGUAGUUUGUACAUAUUAUAUGUAGCGUUGUGGAGCCCUUGAGGUUAGCACAAUAUACAUAUGACGAUCAUUGUGAUUUAUAUGCGUUAUGUCACUACUAAACAAGAAUUAAAUCAUUUUCCAUAUUUCAUAUUUUAUGCAAUUAAGCUACACAUGUUUCGUAUUUAAAUUAGGUUAGUCAAAUAUAUGACAUUUCCAUACUUAUGUUACUGAAAGUGCAAAUCAACAACUCUUACUGUGAAUAUGGUGAAUAGUGCAGUAGUGGGCAAUAUCGGCUACCAGUACUUAAGGUUACACAGUCAAAACGCUGACAUGAAGUAAACAGCUCUCAGAUCAGUAAGUAAGAUGUACGUUUUUGUAUCUUCUGUUGCACCACAGAUUCAAUAAGACACUAAGGACACACAAUUCCGAUACAAUGUUAGCCAGGCUAACAAUUUUAUGUCUAACAGGUUUUUUUUAAGGAAUAACUAUGAUGGUGUUACAUGCUGAGUUCUUAAGUUCAGAUGUGCAGGGUGUCUUUUGUGUGGCAGUAUAUGCAUUACACAGGGCAAUAAUGUUUGUUUUGGUAUCACGCCUCAAUAUUCAAGCUCUAUGACGGGGGUAUGUGAAUAAAGUGGCUGAUAUUAUGAGCAUCUAUAUCAGCGAUUGGGAUAUGAUGACAUGUAUCAACCAAAUCUGUGAGUCUGACCACCCGAUCCCGUUAGACGCCUCGUAGGAUAAGCACGAGUUGCUGAAGCCCAAUUCUUCAUGACGAAUAACUUAUCAAAGCAGUAUAAGAAUCACGUUGAAUACAAAAAGAUUUAUCUAAAAAUCGACUUCACUCAUGUUCUUGUGUCAAUGUUUUAUCACCAUCUUACCAAUACUUUCUUUCACUGUAUUAAGUUGUACCACCGAAGUUGUAUCAACUGCAGGUUGUGAAUAAAUAUGUUUAGUUAACAAAAGAACUUCAGAGGAACCAUUAGCAAUUGAAUGAAAUAAUGAAACUUGAUGUUAUAACUUUUGUUUUUCGCACGUCUGAGUCUCUCGACUCAGUGGCUUGUUUUGUCCUUAAAAUAUUUGAAUGUUUACAGACAGUCAAUGUUUCAUUUUUCUAGGUUUUGUGAGGACAAAUAUACUUUCUACAUUUAUAGUUUCUCAUUCACUGUUUAUAUGCAAGCUAUUGAAUAAGAUGCAGGGACACUCAGAUACAUCAUGAUUAUGGUAGACACCAUUCAUAAAGAGAACGGUAAGGACGUUAGGUAAACAUGUAUUCAAGCAAGUGGUGGUAUAAACAAAGGAGAGGCGAGAAGGAAGCAGAAAGUAUUAAAUUGAUGUCACGAAAAUUGCAGUCUUUACAAUAGUUCACAUACGCGACUUUAAAGGAACGUGCACACUCUCUGUUAUAUUUCUAAAGUGGUAAAAACAGUAGCAUUGUGUAAUCGUUCAUGUUCCGCGCCUGUCAAAUGCCCUAAUAGAAGAUAUGGACCAGAAUGUACACGGUCCUGCAGUUCCCACAACUGUAAAUAAUUUAUAAAACGUCAUCGGCAGAUAUGGAGAAUAACCAUGCUCGAUUAUCCGAAGAAACAAAUUCCACUGGGCUAAAUAGUGGUGAUAUUAAUAUGAAUGGACAACUAAAAAUAUGUGACGACACCAGUUUUUCACGAAAAGGACAAGCAUCUUCUGCCCUACCCGUAGCACCCGCCACUCACACAAUUUGAGGAAAAGAGUAUGACACCAUACAGCAGUACCAGAAACAUCAUCAUCUCAGUGUGGCGUCACUGGGUCCCGAGCAGCUGUAUGCUGACUGCUGACUGCAGACAUGUCUUGCCCAGAUGGUGGUCACAUCUGAAAAGGAAGUGUCAGUAUUAACAGUG